AUUUUAACAUGACAGAACACAAAAAGUUAUUAAUUGGGCCCGCAGACGAGGAAAUUAGAACCCUUUUGUCACAGUCAGGCGAUCCUUUAGAAGCCAUUCGAUCCAUACAACGAGACUAUGGACUUGACCUUCCUGGAAUUGACGACAUGUAUCCUUUACUUGAUCUUUGCGGAUAUAGUCGUCUUGAAAUCCAUACUGCCUGUUUAGACGCUUUAAACAAGGCUACUGUAUCUCUUAUCCAAAAGCGAACUUUUCAAUUGGAACAAUUUGAGGAUUUAUUCGCCAGAACAUUCCCAUACAUUCAUAUUCCCUUAAUGCAGCCUAUCCCCAUGGCUUUAUUAAAAAAGUUUGAACGAUUUGUUGGCGAAAACAUCAUUGAAAAGUUAAAGUCCAACAGAGCUGUUUUCGACAAUUGCCCCAUGAACAUUAAGCAACGUGUCUGGAAACAAGAUGAACAAUUUUUCCACCAAACCAUGAUCACAUUAUUAAACGAUUAUCAUCACGACGUAUCAUUACAAGCUUUGGCUUUAAAUCUAAGACCCGAGAGCUAUCAAGAAAUGAUUGAAGAGAGACGAACACAUCCUAUUGUUCUUAAAGUGAUGGAUACAAUUGGCGAAGAUCCUCAAAUUUAUAUGAUGUUUACUCAAAUGAUCAGAAUCGUUUUCGAAUCCACCCCUCAUCCUAGUUUGUGCUCCUUGCGUGUAGAUGUAUUGAUGAAUUUCCAUGAUUUGGGUUGUGAACCUAUACUUCAGUUGGACAAAUGUCAUCAACUCAUUUGGUCUCUCGAUACUUGUGUACGCAACCAAAAUAUGGAUGACACCAUUAUUGAAAAAAUUAAGGAAUGCUUUGACGACGUGAAAAACGGAACACCUCUUUAUGGUGAUUUUGCGAUGGUAUUGAUGGAUCCAAUGAUUUCCAACUUUUUAGCAUCGUGUAUUAUUCGAUGGUUGAGAAGUAGUGUGGAGAACAACAUGGUGGACAAUUUGGAAGAGCUGACAAACUACAAUGGUAAACUUUUAAAUUUAGCAGAACAUGCUCCCAAUGCGAUUGCACACAACGCCAAAAUCCCAAAACUCGAUAAAGAUUUAAAGUCGAAAUAUUGGAAUGCUAUCUGCUCCGUGAUGAUUGACGAAGAAAAAGAUAUAUCAUACCCUAUGAAAGAGAGCGAUGUUGAAGUGAUCAGUGUCAUGUUACGCCGCAGUGAUAUUGCUCGUAAAGUCUUUGUUCAUUACCUUGUAGAUCGCACUCAAGAAGGCGAUGUGGCUACAUUGGGUCGAUGCUUGCCCCUGAUCUUAAAUACAUGGCCGGGACCUGAUUUCGAGGAUAACGGAAUCAUUUAUAAACAAACAUAUCUUAGUUUUAUCAAAACCAUGAUCGACAUCGUCUCAAAACGUAAUUUAUACGAAUGCAUUGCGGAUGUAAGAUGGAGACAAAUCGUCGUUGAAGGUUUCUUCUUAAACGUCGUAGCUUGGGAUAGUAAAAUCCAUGAACAAAUGAUUCGUUUCUUGGCAGAGUACUUUGUUGACCCAAAGGUCUUGAUCAAGCUAGGACAACAAGUCGCUAUUCUUGUCGAAUGGGCUGAUAUCACUGUGAUCAACGGUCAUAAAGAUAGCAAGUAUAUUGACUCUUUAAGAGAUUUAUACAGGUUCCUUUUAUCAAGAUCUGCUACAGUAUUAAAUGGUGCUUUCAGUAUCACUCCAUCUGCAGUUAUUCGAUUUAUUCAAUAGGUUGAAAUAAAUUUAAACCCCAAUCCA